CAGCCCUUUGCAGUCUAGUACACUGCCACAGGGCGUUCUGAGAUAUUGGCGUUUCUCAGUACCAAGUCUUAUUGGCGCAUCCUUCAUCCUCACUCUAUCUGAUUUGUUCCAUAGCAAACUGGGCGCCGAGGACAUGGCGUACAAUGUCCCAGAACGGCACGAGUCUCAGCCGUACCACGUAACCUUAACGGUAGUGGGAGAUGGAGAGUACAACAUACCCUCGGUGCCGCUGCGAGGCUGGAAAUAUUUCACUUUCUUGUCCGAAUCUUCCCCACUGAUAUCACUCUGUCGCGUCAACUUUUCCAGAGAUGGUGCAACCCCGUGGUUAUGACGAUGGGUUGGAGAUGGCCCCUUACCAGGGCAUGGAGGUAAAUGUCGACGACUAUCAGGGAAUGGAAGUUCACCAAUACCCAGGCGCGAUAGACGAUGGUUCUGAGAAGCACGCAUUUCAUGAGAACGUGAACAUCUAUGAUGAAGAUCCUAAUUCACGACUGCGACGAGAUCUCAAAACUAGACAAAUUGCUAUGAUUGCUCUUGGGGGUGCUUUGGGGACAGGCCUGCUUAUCCAGACUGGACCGACUUUGGCCAGUUCAGGCCCUGCCUCAAUGCUAAUAGGUUAUGCUUUGGUGGGCGUCUUAUGCUUUGCGGUUAUGAGUGCGAUGGGAGAGAUGGCUGCUUGGCUUCCAAUACCUUCGGGAUUUACGGGAUUUGCGCAUAGAUUUGUUGAUCCAGCCCUUGGUUUCGCUCUUGGAUGGAAUUAUUGGUUUAAAUAUAUCAUUACGACUCCGAAUAACCUCAUAGCAGCGACCCUGGUAAUCGGAUACUGGUUUGAUAAAGCGGGAUACGACGGCCCAGGAUCUAAACCUGCCAUAUACAUUACAAUCCUUCUCGCAACAAUCAUCGCUAUCAAUUACUUCGGCGUACGGUUCUUUGGAGAGUUUGAGUUCUGGCUGUCUAGCGCCAAGGUUCUCAUCAUGAUUGCACUUGUCAUUUUCUGCCUUGUUCUUGCCGCAGGAGGCGGGCCGGAUCAUCAAGCAACUGGCUUCAAGUACUGGAAAGAUCCCGGAGCAUUCAAGGCUUAUAAAGCAGCGGGUAGUGGCGGAAAAUUUCUCGGAUUCUGGAAUGUUUUGACGAACGCUGUCUUCUCCUUUCUUGGUGCGGAACUCGUUGGCAUCUGUGCAGCUGAAGCUUCGAAUCCUCGUAAGGCUAUACCUGCAGCAGUAAAACUCACAUUCUUCCGCAUAGUGUUCUUUUAUCUGGUUUUGAUAUUGUUGCUCGGCAUGACAGUUCCGUACGACAGUUCGCUCUUAUUGACAGCAAACAGUAAGAGCAACACAACAGUAUCUGGAGACGCUAGUCCAUUUGUCGUUGCAGCUCAAAUUGCUUCUGUCAACGGAAUUCCCGGUGUCAUUAAUGCGUUUCUGCUCGUCUUCACUUUCUCUGCUGCAAACUCAGAUCUCUACAUCGCAACUCGAACUCUCUACUCCCUCGCUGUCGAAGGCAAUGCGCCGAGAAUAUUUUCACGAACUGACAACAAAGGCAUCCCCGUCUACGCCCUAGCACUCUCCAGCGCGUUCUGCCUCAUCGCAUUCAUCAGUACCGACGUCGGUUCAUUCAAGACCUUUCAAUACUUCGUCACCCUCGUCACUGUCUUUGGCAUACUGACCUGGAUAUCAAUUCUUGUCACACAUAUCUAUUUUGUCCGAGCUCGUAAAGCACAGGAUAUUCCCGAUUCAGCUUUGACGUUCGUGUCUCCGUUCGGAGCCCUCGGGUCGAAGAUCGCACUCGUAUUCGCCUGCACUAUUACGCUGUUCAACGGCUGGGCUACUUUCGUGCACGAUCCUUCAACAGGCUUGUUCGAUUGGAGAACGUUCAUUGUCAGCUACCUUCCGAUACCUCUCUAUAUCAUCAUGAUAUUUGGGUAUAAAGUCGUCAUGAAAUCCAACACAGUAUCACCAGAGGAGGCAGAUCUUCAUGGCGGGAAAGCAAAGAUUGAUGCUGAUGAGGCAGAGUUCUUGGCCGAAGAGAUGAGGAAAAAGGGAUGGGUGCUGGAAAGCGGGUACCAACGGCUGUAUAGAGUCACGCUUGGGAACUUCUUCUGA